ACACCAUCGGUCUCAUCCAUCCAGUCAGGGAUAGUGACGAUGCUAAAUAACGCCAUACAAUAGGCUACUAUAUGAUUUGAGCCGUGAUGAAGUUCAGUGAGACACUCCUCCUUCUCAGCCUGUCUCUACUAAGCUGUGGCUCUUGCAGGGAUCCAGAAUGUUCUAGCGUGAGCUUGUGGGGGAAGAUGGCUGACUUCACAGGGGAGUGCAGUUACUGGCAGCUGAGUCCGGACCUCUCCAUCCCUGCCCUGGAGGAGCUCAGCGUGUGUGUCCACCUCCAACGGCACAUCAGCACACCGGCCUGGACAGCCUUCAUGUACCGCCACCCUGACGGGCUACAGGCUGAGCUGGGCCUGGCGGGUCAGGAGGGCCUGGUCCACACCUGGCUGUUUGGGAUGAGGUGGUCAGCCCCCCUCCACCUCCCCCUGGGCCACUGGCACUACGUCUGUAUAACCUGGUCUGGGGCUUCUCACCAGCCAGCCCUCUACGUCAAUGGGACCAGUGUGGAUGUUACAGCCCAUGCUAACGAAUCCCCCCUGUCCCCGUCCUGCUGCAGGCUGGCCCCGCACGGCACGCUCACCCUGGGUGUCUCCCACUACUUCAUCCAAGGGGAGAUGCAUGUGGAAAACGGUACCAGCCUCAAUGGGAGUGUUUCUCUGUUCCGCGUGUGGGGGCAGGCACGCACCCCUGAACAGGUGUCGGACCUGAGCUGCACAGAGGGGGAUGAGGUGCGCUGGGAUGCUGUUGACUGGCUUACCCAGAGCUGCCCUCCAGUCCCAGACUCCCAUCUACAGUGUGCCUGGUCUUUGUACGAACUUAAAGUCAAGAUCGCCAUCAUCUGCUACGAUGGAAACAGUACAGACGUAUACAAAGCCAGAGACCUUGCACAGAAAUGGCUCAGACACAUAUUACCAUCCAACAAAUAUCAUUUGUACAGAGUCUCUGUGUCAACCAGUGUCGGUGAGACAUAUGAGGACGGGGCUCAUGACACACCAAUAUUGCGGGCUGAAUUUGAUGCAAACCGGUAAGAAAGACAUUAUUCUGGGGGCGUUCAUAAGUUUUGAG